UGUUAGUUUUCAAUUUUUUUCCAACAAAAACAUCAGCUCUCUCUCCACCCACACGCUUCACAUGAGCUGUCGAUUAAUUCCCCAAACCCACCGUUUUUUCUCUCCCCGCCACCAAAACCACCCGAUCCCCGCCGUCAUGGUAACCUAACCUGCCGUAUCCAACUCUUUUUUUAACUACUUAAUAUCAUAUCAUCGUUGUUGUUGUUGUGGUUGUUGGUUUUUCUUUUAUUUUCUUUCUGUUACAAGUUUGUUACAUCUCUCUAUCUAACAAAACCUAACAGCAACUUCCUCCGUAACUAACGCCUCCGACAUUACCGCGCACACCACCCAAUCACUCCAACAUUCUCUCACCCACCCUCUCAUCUGUUUCCGUUAUUUUUAUUUGUUAACUGAUUUGAUUUUACGGUGCGUUGGUUUGGUACACGUAUAUUUUGGAGUUGAGGAGCUGGCGGUGGUGGCCUAUCCUUUUCCCGCUGCAACAACCGUCGGGAUUUUCAUGCGCCAUCUCUCCACGCGACAUUAAAGUCUCUAUAUUCUGUGUUUGUUGUUGUAACAAAGAUAACAGAUGAGGAGAUUCGAAGAAGAAGAAGAAGCCAAAUCCAAAGAAGAGAGAAUGACCACGAGAAGCAGCUGUUCAUCCAACGGGUUACUGCCGUCUUCGGCAUCCCCUAGGAAGACUGAUGACUUGGAGGUGGGACAACCUAUUAAGGAGUUUGAACUUGACGACGACGAUCCUUUUGAUAUCGCUCAUACCAAAAACGCUCCUCUCGAGAUUCUUCGCCGAUGGAGGCAAGCAGCACUUGUGUUAAAUGCUUCACGGCGUUUUCGGUACACCUUGGACUUGAAAAAGGAAGAAGAGAGAGAGCAAAGAAGACGGAUGGUCAGAUCUCAUGCGCAAGUUAUAAGGGCCGCAUUACUCUUUCGGUUGGCGGGUGAACGACAAAUUGUGUUGGGUCCCUCAGCUACACCUCCAACUGUUACAGGUGAUUAUGCAAUUGGACUUGAAGAACUCGCUUCAAUGACCAGGGAUCAUAAUAUUUAUUCUCUGCAACAAUGUGGUGGCGUUAAAGGAUUGUCAAGUAUGCUGAAAACCAAUCUUGCCACUGGUAUUGCUGGAGAUGAGAAUGAUUUGAUAAAGCGAAUGAACACAUUUGGAACAAAUAGAUAUCCCCAGAAAAAAGGACGUGGUUUUUGGAGGUUCCUUUGGGAAGCUUGGCAAGAUUUAACCCUCAUCAUCUUGAUUGUAGCUGCCAUAGCAUCACUUGGAUUGGGAAUCAAGACAGAGGGGUUGUCACAUGGAUGGUAUGAUGGGGUGAGCAUCUCUUUUGCUGUUAUGCUUGUCAUAAUUGUUACAGCUGUUAGUGAUUACCGUCAAUCUCUGCAGUUUCAAAAUUUAAAUAAGGAAAAACAAAACAUACAAUUAGAGGUCAUGAGAGGUGGUAGAAUUAUGAAAAUCUCAAUAUUUGAUAUUGUAGUUGGUGAUGUUGUGCCUCUUAGAAUAGGAGACCAGGUUCCAGCUGAUGGAAUCUUGAUUACUGGCCAUUCUCUUGCAAUAGAUGAAUCUAGCAUGACCGGUGAAAGCAAAAUUGUUCACAAGGAUCAGAAUGCUCCCUUUCUGAUGUCUGGUUGUAAAGUAGCAGAUGGUAUUGGUACUAUGCUGGUAACUGGUGUUGGAAUCAAUACUGAAUGGGGUUUGUUGAUGGCAAGUAUCUCAGAGGAUACUGGUGAAGAAACUCCCUUGCAGGUACGUUUGAAUGGACUCGCAACUUUUAUAGGCAUUGCGGGGCUUGCUGUAGCCCUUUCUGUGCUUGCUGUCCUUUUGGGCCGAUAUUUUACUGGAAAUACAAAAAAUCCAGAUGGAAGUGUCCAGUUUAUCAAAGGCGAGACAACAGUCAGUAAAGCAGUAGACGGAGUGAUAAAAAUACUUACCAUUGCAGUUACGAUUGUGGUUGUUGCUGUUCCUGAGGGACUUCCAUUGGCUGUUACCUUGACUCUGGCAUAUUCAAUGCGGAAAAUGAUGGCUGAUAAAGCCUUGGUUCGUAGGCUUUCAGCAUGUGAAACUAUGGGCUCUUCAACAACAAUUUGCAGUGAUAAGACUGGAACAUUGACUUUGAAUCAGAUGACUGUGGUUGAGGCUUAUGUUGGGAGUCAGAAGAUAAACCCACCAGAUGACCCCUCACAAUUGCAGUCAGAAGCAGGCUCGUUGUUAUGUGAGGGUAUUGCACAGAACACAACAGGCAAUGUGUUUGUUCCCAAGGAUGGUGGAGACGUAGAGAUUACUGGAUCUCCAACUGAAAAGGCUAUCCUCUCUUGGGCAGUCAAGUUGGGGAUGAAGUUUGAUGUUCUUAGAGCAGAGUCGAAAAUUCUGCAUGUUUUCCCUUUUAAUUCUGAGAAGAAGCGAGGUGGUGUUGCAAUACAAAUGGCUGAUUCUAAAGUUCACAUACACUGGAAGGGAGCAGCUGAGAUGGUUCUUGCCUCUUGUACUGGAUAUCUUGAUUCAAAUGGUUCAUUGCAAUCCAUUGAUAAAGAAAUGGAUUUUUUUAAGGUCGCUAUUGACGACAUGGCUGCCCGCAGCUUGCGAUGUGUUGCUAUUGCAUACAGACCAUAUGAAUUGGACAAAGUUCCUACUGAUGAAGAGAGCUUAGGAAAAUGGGUUUUGCCUGAAGAUGAGCUUGUUCUGCUUGCUAUUGUUGGCAUCAAGGAUCCUUGUCGCAAAGGUGUAAAUGAUGCAGUGAGAAUUUGCACAGCAGCUGGUGUAAAGGUACGAAUGGUCACUGGAGACAAUAUUCAGACAGCAAAAGCAAUAGCUUUGGAGUGUGGGAUUCUCAGUUCUGGUGCUGAUGCUACAGAGCCUAAUAUCAUUGAAGGAAAAGUAUUCCGGGCAUAUUCGGAAAAAGAAAGAGAAAUAAUUGCCAAGAAAAUAACGGUGAUGGGAAGAUCGUCUCCUAAUGACAAGCUUUUGCUUGUGCAAGCCCUUCGUAAGGGAGGGGAAGUUGUAGCUGUGACUGGGGAUGGCACGAAUGAUGCUCCUGCACUUCAUGAGGCUGAUAUAGGGCUUUCUAUGGGCAUUCAAGGGACUGAAGUUGCAAAGGAGAGCUCGGAUAUUGUUAUCUUGGAUGAUAAUUUUGCUUCAGUUGUGAAGGUUGUCCGAUGGGGGCGUUCUGUGUAUGCCAACAUUCAGAAAUUUAUCCAAUUCCAGCUCACUGUUAAUGUUGGAGCUUUAGUAAUCAACGUUGUUGCAGCAGUCUCUUCUGGUGAUGUUCCCCUAAAUACAGUGCAGCUUCUAUGGGUCAAUCUUAUCAUGGACACACUUGGGGCACUUGCAUUGGCGACGGAACCACCAACAGACCACCUUAUGCAUAGGACACCAGUGGGUCGAAGGGAACCUCUUAUAACAAACAUCAUGUGGAGGAACUUGCUCAUACAGGCUCUAUACCAAGUUGCUGUUCUCCUUGUACUCAACUUCCGGGGCUUGAGUAUUCUUCACUUGAAUCAAGAUGACAGGAAACAUGCUACAAUUGCGAAGAAUACUAUGAUAUUCAAUGCAUUUGUUCUCUGUCAAGUUUUCAAUGAGUUUAAUGCUCGAAAGCCAGAUGAAAUAAAUGUCUUCAAAGGAGUAACAAAAAACCACUUAUUUAUGGGAAUAGUUGGAUUUACCGUUAUCCUUCAGAUAAUCCUCAUUGAAUUCACUGGAGACUUUACCACAACUGUGAGACUUAAUUGGAAACAAUGGCUUAUAUGUGUUGCCAUUGGCAUUGUCAGCUGGCCUCUUGCCGCAGUUGGAAAACUCAUUCCAGUUCCAAAGACUCCACUAUCUGUGUACUUCAGAAAGCCAUUUCGACGAUGCAGAACUGCUAGGAAUGCAUUAAUGCCCCGGUGGGGGCUUUCAUUAAACUGAUAUCCUGACACGGCUUCCAGUUCAUGAAAGGUAACACACUGAUAUGCUCAAAGUGCGUAACUGCAUUUAGGUGAUAUGGUAAAGCCUAAACUAACCCCCAAUGUAGUAGUAAGAUGAUAUUUCAUUAACUGUAUAAAACAACUGGAAACAUCUAGUGUUAUAUCCGCUGGUUACAUGAAUUGUAAAAUAAGAUAUAAAGAACUAGAUUUGCCUUUUCUAUUGAAACUUCUUUUACGUCUGGAAGGGGGGUGAAGACCUGAGUAAAGUGGGUUUUCUGAACAUGAUGAUGGUACAUAGAGGAGGAUUUGUUCCUCGUUCUUGUGGUUCAAUGUCUAUAUGUUUCUGCAUUGAGGAGGAUUUGUUCCUCUUUCUUGCAGUUGAAUGUAUGUGUUUCUGCAUGUGCUUUCCAAGCCAGGACUCACUUAGUGACUUUGAAAAGGAUUUUUUGGCUAAAGUUAAGCGCUGAUGGAACACUAUGAUCACCAGGUGUGUUAAGCACUUAGAAUAAUGGUGUCUUUCGAAAGAAAGAUGAUUAAUCAUCAUGAACGCACUCGUUGAAUAUUUAUGAUGGAUUCCUAUAUUGAUACUUCUAUAGUCUGU